AUGUCCGUACGCGUCGUGGCCCGCAUCAGGCCGCUGCUGAAGGACGAGAUCGAGAAGGAUGUCAUCGUCGACGCCGCCAGAGCUCCAGCUCAAGCGGGCGAGCGCGACACGGUCGUGCGCAUACCCAACCCCAAGAAGGAGUCCGAGCUGUACACCUUCGAGUUCAGCAGCGUCUACGGCCAGAAUGCUACACAGCAGGAAAUCUUCGAGCAGGAAGUCUCGCCCACCGUGAAGCAUCUCUUCAAAGGGUUCGACGUGACACUAUUCGCGUAUGGAGUCACAGGGACGGGCAAGACACACACCAUGAGAGGAGGCAAGACUUUGGCGGACCGAGGAGUAAUACCGCGACUGUUGUCGAGCAUAUACCGGCGAGCGCGAAAGACCGAGAAGGAUAGCGAAGGAAACACGCAUGUGGAGGUCUCCAUGUCAUACUACGAGAUCUACAAUGAUCGCGUCUUCGACCUGUUUGAGCCUCCCGAGAAGCGCACUCCAGCUGGCCUGCCCAUUCGAGACACCUCCAAGGGAAAGGCCGUUGUCGUGGGCCUCACCGAAAGGCCAUGCACGAGUUUAAAGGACUUUGAGCAAGCAUACGACGAGGCGAACGUCAACCGGUCAACAUCUGCCACAAAGCUCAAUGCACACUCUUCGCGAUCGCACGCCAUCCUCUGCGUUAAGGUUACCCAAUUCACAGGCGAAGAGUUUCAAGUGAGCACGGCAUCAUGUAUAGAUCUUGCAGGUUCAGAGGACAACAGGCGGACAGACAACAACAAAGAGCGUCUGGUGGAGAGCUCAGCGAUCAACAAGAGUUUGUUCGUGCUCGCGUCAUGCGUUGAAGCCAUCUCGCAGAAGAAGUCGCGUAUACCAUAUCGGGAGUCCAAGAUGACGCGCAUCUUAGCACUUGGGCAGAACAACGGUCUCACAGUCAUGAUUCUAAACCUCGCGCCAGUAAGGAGCUACCAUCUCGACACCCUCAGCAGUCUCAAUUUCGCCAACCGAACGAAAAAGAUCGAGGUCAAUGAGAUUGAGAAUCAGCCAUUCUUCCGCGAAGGCAAAUCCAAGGACGAGAAGCCAUCCGCCGCUGCCGGCCCUGGGAUGAACAGACAGCCAUUGCGACCGAAGCUACUAUCUCAGAACAGCGCUCUCAAGGAUCUGACCAAUGUACCAAAGCCUGUCAAGCAAUUCGCUGUCUUUGCGGACAAGCCUCCAAAGACAAAACCUACCAAUCUCCCAAAUAUUGCCUCGGCCAGGACCGCUGUUGCCGGAGUCAAAUCGCCCAAAAGAGUCGCUAGUAGCGAGGCGAUAGGUGCUCUGAGCAGACCGUCUAAGUCCAUCAAACCAAACAGUGCCUCGCGAGCAUUACAAUCGGCAAUGACUAGUGACAGCAUCGAAGCGCUUAUUGAGCGCAAGGUUGCAGAAGCGCUCGCGGGACGGAAAGACCAAGCUGCUGUGCCAAGUCAGGAUCCCAUCUCAGAUGAAGUACAGAAGAGACUAGACGCUCUCGAAAAGCGAGUAGAGGGGCAAGAGACAGAACGAGCUGAAGGACUCCAGUACUUGCUUAUGGCCAAGCAGCAUCAAGUGCGAGGCGAGGAUGCCAGUGCUUUGAAAAUGUACCAGCUUGCUCUGCCAUACUUCCCUGGCAACCAGAAACUAGUGCGCAAAGUAGCCGCGCUGCAAGAUAAAAUCGCCGCAAAGCUCGCCGAGAAGCACGCCCAGCGCUUCAGCCCAGAACCCAUCACUCGACAAAGCCGCCAAGUUGAAGAAGACGAAAGCUACCAUGAAGACGUCGCCGAAAAACAUGACGACUCCGACGAGGACUCCUUCUCCUACAGACUAAAAUCCAAACCCCGCCCCCGUUCCACAAAACCAACCUCCCGCUCCCUAAUCCCCCCAUCCACAUCAGCAGAAUCUGAACCAGCCGAAGGAAUCAAACAUUCCCCCUUACCAGAAAACGACGACUCCGACGACGAACUCGCCACCUCUCUCCUCUCCCAAACCCCUCGAACAAAACAACUCCUCAGUAUAAUCAACACCAAAGAUGUCAGCCGCAUCAAACUCCUCAAAGGCGUCGGAGCGAAAAAAGCAGAAUCCAUCGUGAAUUGUCUCUGUGAUCUCGAGGAUAGCGUUACGGAUUUGGGACAGUUGGGGAAAUUGAAGGGUGUGGGAGUCAAAACGGUGGAGAAUAUGAGGAAUGGACUUGCGGGGUUGGAGUUUUGA